AUGGCCGGAUUCCCUUCACACUGCAUGAUCAACACAGACACGGCUGGACAGCCGCGGGGCCGCCCCCUAUGCCCGCGGCCGGCACCAAGCGCCGCUCCCGCCGCUCACCCGGCAUUGCCCCGUUGCGUCCCCCCGGUGCCGCCCGCGCCUCCUCCGCCUCGGCACCGCCCGCUGUUGUGUCGGCGCCGGGCGAGGGGCGGUGCGGCGUUGCCGUUAACCCCUGUGUGCGCCGGGGAUGGGGGAGCGGAGCCCCUCCGUGUACCUGUGGCGAUAGCGGGAGGAGGCACCGAGGAUGCAGCCUGUUGGGUUCCCGUUCUCCGCGUUCCUCACAGCCCUGCAGAGCACCUGGAUAUUUCAACAGAAGACCAAAUCUCCUGUUCCAAUGCAGCUAGUUAUACCCUUGGGUCACUUAGAAAGCAAAGGCAUUUCCAAGGCAUGCAACUUUUUGUUGCCAUAAGCAAAUCCUACAGAAUACCAGUGUUUGAGUGGCCAUUUUUGCUGCUGCUGCAUCACCGACUUACCAAGGAGAAAAAAGCCAACAUGUUUGUUACUGCUGCUUGUGACUCAGACCAAUACUCGGGCCAGGAAGUAUUGCAAGGGUGAAAAUUGUGGAGAUCCCCCAAAAUUGAUUGGUCUGGAGGGAAUAUUUCUCCUUGAAGUAUGGGAUUCCUUCUCAUCUGUUGAGACAGAGAUGUUUUUUGAAUGAUUGCACUUGGGAAGGAAAGGGUGGAGACCGCUAAAUGCUAGAUUAAAACAACCUUAAAAAACAUUCCCAAGGAUGUUACCUCAUUUUCAACGAGGAAGUGAACUCAAUAUACAGAGGAUUUGAAGAAGUCUUGUAUGAAACACGUUCCCACAUGCUGGCCAUUUCUAAGCAUCUCAGAAGACAAGCUAUGAAACAUCUAUCUGCCACAGAUGAAAAACUUAGAAAAAGCCAUGUAUAAAAAUGAAGAUGUCUCCUGAGGGUAAAAGAGAUGGUUAAAGAUGGGUUGUCUCAGUGUAGGUCUAAAGAGUGUACUAAAUCUA